UAUUAAUCGACAUAGAAGCACGACAUUCAAUCAUCUUUUUAAUUGGCAAUCAUAGAGCAUUGCUUGAAAUUUACUGUUCUUCAAGAAAAAGAACUCGCACAGUUCAUAUCAACAUCAUGUCGUGGCUUUUCGGCUCCAGCAGCAACGCUGCUCAAGAACCCACCACUGGCCCCGUCCAAACCUCCCAGACCCAAACUGAAAAGCCCAAGCCCUGCUGCGUAUGCAAACCCGAAAAAGCCGCUCGCGAUGACUGCAUGCUCUUCUCGAAGGGCGAGGAUCCGGCGCAGGAAUGCAAGUCGACGAUUGAUCAGUAUAAGACCUGCAUGGCGGGAUUUGGGUUUAAGAUCUAGAUGAUUGGGGUUUUAGAUGGAAAGGGAAGCUAGCAGGACCAUCACAUUGCCUCGAGGACAGGACGGAUGCGGAGAAUGAUUCGAUGCGUUGGGACAGUCUAAUAUGGGUGAAGAGUGAUGUCUGCUGGCGGUGGUGUAUUUGUUACGAUAUUAUUGUAUUCUAGCGUUAUUGUCUGGGAGGAUUGGUUGCAUAUGAUUUUCGGCUCAAUUGUACAGUAUCAACACCUUGGGUUUAUAAAAAGGAUGUACGGAUAUAUGGAUAGAACGUCUUCCCUCU